AUGGCUCCACAAGACAAAUCACAGCAGAUAGCUCAGCUAUCCAUGCCCUCGUACUGUAUCAAACCAGUUGGAUUGAGACAUUUUUUGGUUGGUGGAGGCGGUGGCGCAGCCAAAACUGGGGUGAAAAAUGAAAUUCAGGUGGGUGUUUGGAUUUUAAAAUGCAUUUUCUUGGCUGUUUAGGGUGGCUGGAAGUGCUGGGAGAGUAAUAGUGGGGUUUUCUGGAUUUCUAGGAAGAUUUUUUUUAUAUUGUACUAGGCAAAAAUUGGUGAUUUUUUAAAAAUGGAGAUGAUUUUUGGGAAAUAGAUGUCUUGAAAAAUUAAGAUAUUGCAGUAGAGAAGUUCUGAUAGAUUUUUUGUUGAUUUCUGACACCUUUUUUAUAUUGUAGUAGGCAAAAAAAAUUGGCGGUUUUUUAAAAAUGGCCGUGAUUUUUGGGAAAUAGAUGUCUUAUAAAGAGAAGAUAUUGCAGAAGAGAAAUUCUGGGAGAUGUUUUGUUGAAUUUUUGAGACCUUUUUUAUAUUGUACUAGACAAAAAAUUUUUGAUUUUUUAAAAACGGUUAGGAUUUUCGGGAAAUAUAUGUCUUAUAAAGGCAUGAUAUUUCAGUAGAGAAAUUUUGAGAGAUGUUUUGUUGAUUUUUGCGACCUUUUUUUAUAUUGUAGCAGGCAAAAAAUUGGCGAUUUUUUAAAAAUGGUUAUGAUUUUUGGGAAAUAGAUAUCUUUUAAAGACAAUAUAUUGCAGAAGAGAAAUUGUGGGAGAUGUUUUGUUGAUUUUUGCGACCUUUUUUUAUAUUGUAGUAGUCAAAAAAAUUGGCGAUUUUUUAAAAAAUGGUUAUGAUUUUUGGGAAAUAGAUGUCUUAUACAAAUUGUACAAAUUAUACAAUUGUAAAGGCAAGAUAUCUUACUAGAGAGAUUUUGAGAGAUCUUCUUUUGAUUUCUGACACUUUUUUUUAUAUUGUAGUAGGCUAAACUAAGGUGAUGUAAUAAUUUCUCGAAUGUCGUUAUGUUUUGCUCUGGGUUGUUUUUCCCCCUCAGAUGGUCUUAGGCUAUCUCCUCAAGCUUUUAUUACCUAUUUACCCGCCGUGAUUUGUAACUUUUUUUAUAUUGUAAUUGAUGAAGCCCCUGAUCUGGGGUGACUCGCUUGUGGAAUGCUAUUUUUUUCGAUUAUUUUUUUUCCAAUUGUGAAAGGAAUGAGAAACGGAAAUCAAAUGAUCUCAAAUGCAUGAAGAAGAGUCUUGGGGGGAAAAUAAACAGAGUGUUCAUCGGAUUCAACUUGAAACCGAGGCGAAUUCUUUUGAUUUUUUGGAACUUUGGAAGAAAGGAAAGGUAUUUUUGAGGUUGUAGAUUUAGUUAUCGGUAGUUUGUGGGAGACUGGGAUGUUUUUCCAACCUCAAUAGAGCAUAGGUUGGAGAUGGAGAUUGUUUUGUUUAUUUUAGUAACAUUUUUGGUGAUUUAAGCCGGAAAUUAUGAAAUUUAAAGGACAGUUUGGAUUGCGAUUGCUUUAGAAGGUGAAAUGGGGUGUAUUUUUUUAUGUCUGAUAAUUUUUUUUGUUCAAAUAAAGCGGGUUUUUAGAUAAAAUUUUGAUUUUUAUCUUGUACUUGACCUACAGUGGCGGGCCUUAUUCAGUGGUAGAAAACGUACCAUUUUGCAUCCGGGAAGCACCAAAAAUGCUGCAAAAUACCUCCCUCUCCAAGUGAAAAUGCUCUUUUAGUUGGAGAAGGAGGUAUUUUGCUGCAUUUUUGAUGCUUCCCGGGUCGAAAAUGGUACGUUUUCUGCCACUGGAUCAGGUCUGUCGCUUUAGGUCAAAUACAAGAUAAAAAUCAAAAUUUUAUCAUAAAAACAGCUGUAUUUGAACAAAAAAAGCAAUCAGACAUGAAAAAGUACGUUCGGUUUCACCUUCUAAACCAUCUGCUGUCCAAACUAUCCUUAAAAUUUUAGAAUUUCCGACAUAAAUCGUCAAAUUAUAUAUGUUUGUUGAAUUAUUUUUUUCUUCAGAUCUUCCUACUGACCUACAACUCGCUUUCGAGCAUCAAAUCCUCAGCUCUUCCACAUCUCCGCGCCAAACUAACAGCCAGUAUUGACACCCAGCUAAGAUGCAACAUGAACUGCGAUGUGUUGUCGAUCCAGGCCGAAGAUGGCAGUCCAAUGUUCAUUUCCGCUGUGGGACAGGAUGAGGUGGGUAUUUUAAUUGAUUUAGACCUCAAUUUAUGAAUUUUUCUCUUGUUUUUUUAAUUUUUUUUAAAAUUUUUUCCUGAAAAAUAAAUUUGGUGCCAUGAAGUAAUGUCUGCCUCAUAUUUUGGGCUAUGAAUGCAAAUGAGGCGUCUUUGGCCAGGCUUCUCCUUUUUGCCUGCGGCUAUUUUUGGGAAUAGGUCAGCAGUUCUUUUUCACGUGCCGCCUGCCCGCGUGAGAUAAAAGGCCAAAUUUAUGGACCUUACUUAAUUUAGCCCUGAAGUUGAUGCAAGAAAUGCGCGAAAUGAAUCGAAACACUGAGAUGGAUUAAAAAUAGAGACCCCAAAAGAUGACAUGUCAAGAUUAAUUUGUUUUUGGAACGAUUUUUUAACGGAAAUUUUUGAAUUAAUGGGGAAAAUGUCUCAAAUAAUGUUAUUUUUUGCAGUUUUGCCAGUUGUAUCUCGCAAAAGGCUAUGAAUUGGUUGGAGAAGAAGAGGAUGAACUCGAAUCCCCUUCAAGACUUUCCUUGAAUUUCAAACCGAUCUUCAAAUUGCGAACAGAUCAUGCCAAUUCGGACCCUUACCAGGUAAAUUUUGGUGAAGAUUUGAUGGAUUUUUUAUGAUUUGGAAGUGUAAGGAUGAAAUGGGAUGUUACAGGAUUGUUUAUUAUACAAUUUACAGCAUGAGAAUUUAUGAAAAAUUAUGUUUUCUUCGUUUUUUUUGUUUCUUACGUAUUUCCGUCUUUUUUCGGAUUUUUCUCCAAUUUUUUGAUGUGUUUGUGGGGUAUUUGAAAUUCUUAUAAAGUUAUUAGGCCCCAGAGGGCCCUUCGACUCUUUUUACGCAUGCAUUUCAAUGUGAUUUCCGCUCGAAAAGCGAGGAUUUCGCAGACUUGGCGGGUUACGAAAUUGGGCACUUUGGAAAUUCGUUUCUCUCUUUCCGAAACUGGAACGUUGACUUUGAGAAAUGAAUGGAUAAGGAAGGAAGGAGUUGUUAGGUUAUUGUACACAAAAGAUUUUGGCCAUAGAGCCCUCGGGGCCUCAGGGGGUUUUUUGUUUUUUGGAGCAGUUUUUUGUUGAAAAAUUGGGUUUUUGGUCAUCUGAAUUGAAUUUGAUGCAGUUGCCCUUUUGGAAAUGGAUUCCGAAUCCAUCAAGAUGUGUUCUAUCCAUAGGAUAGGCCGAAUUACACUCGGCAAUAACAAAGAAAGUGCACUUUUUGGCUCUGAGCUCAAUGAGCCGCGACUUUGGCUCGGAGCUGAGCAUCCCGGCCCAAAGAUCGUGACAGAAAUUGCAAAAUAGAUAUGAAGACAUGUUGGUAAUAAACAAUAAUUUCCAUAUCUUGAGGAGAGGAGCCGCGAAACUGUUACAGGAACGGGGAAAAAGAGAACACGAAAGAUUUUCUCCUUUUCCCCGUUCCCGUAAUAUGAUUUAUGGCUCUUCUCCUCAAGAUAUGGAAAUCAUGGCCGUCAAGUUGUUGGUACUAAACAAUGAUUUCCAUAUCUUGAGGGGAAGAGCCGCAAAACUGUUACAGGAACGGAGAAAAAGAGAAAACAAAGGAUUUUCUCCUUUUCCCCGUUCCCGUAACAGAUUUAUGGCUCUUCUCUUCAAGAUAUGGAAACUCUGACCGUCAAGUUGUUGGCAAAUUAGCUGACGUCAUGAUUCACCCCAAUUUAUUGGGGGGAAUACAUAACGGCAUGGAUUACCUGGCCGUUAUGUAUUCCCCCUCCAAUUUCCCGGGGAAACCAACGCAAAAAACAGGCGAUAAAUUAAAAAUUCCAACUGUUUUCGGCGAAUGGACCCUAUCCUGUGGUGAUGUAUGCGCCGGAAUAGCGGAGUACGCAACAGGCACUCACGGGCCAAAGAACAAAUUGGCGGGCGGCGGCCGGUCACGCAUCCCGUCCUCUUCCCCCAACCCCGUCGCUCGUCUCUCAAUUUUAAUUACAAAAGUCGGCGACGAAAACAAGUUUAAUUAAUUUAAAACCGACCACCCUACCAUAACCGGAGAGGAAUCAACCCAAACCCUUUGGGCAUUUGAAAGCGGCCGAAAAUCCCAGAACCGCCCGAAACAACCCCCCUUCCGGCCGCGCUCCCCCCGUCCGAUGCGCUCUUUUUUUUGUUUUACUCGGGUCAAACGAAGGUUUUUUAAUUUCUUGUUUCCUAUUUUUGCUCAUGGACAGGCGCUUUUUGACAUACUGGGAAUGCGAAUUUCCUUUUUUGAACAUGCCUUCUUGGAAUGGAUAGAGGUUGUGAACUGUGGUCUUCUUCUUGUGGUCUGUGUUGUUAAAUAAUGGCUUUGUUGAUGUUAUCCUAGUGUUCCAGUUGUUUUAAUUUACUCGAGAAAUAUACUGCAGUCCUGAUCCAGUGGCAAAAAAUGUGCCAUUUUGCAUCCUGGAAGUAUCGAAAAUGUGGCAAAAUGCUUCCCUCUCCAAGUGAAAAAACUCGUAUUUCAAAAGCGCGCCCGCUCUUUUGUGAGGAAAAAGGGCGCGCCCUUCAAAACAAAAUUUGUUCACUUGGAGAGGGAAGAAUUUUGCCACAUUUUUGAUACUUCCCGGAUGCAAAAUGGUACCUUUUUUGCCACUGGAUCAGGUGGCCUACUGCAUUUCAAUUUGACUCGAAAAAUGCUAGUGCAAUUCGGCCGCUAAGUCGCUGUAAUCGUCUUCUUAUCUCGUCGUUUUUGGAUCGAUUUGGAAUAAGGUCCCUCUUUGUCGCCUUCGUCCUAUAUUGGAACUGAAUCCUGCGAAUACAAGCUGUGAUGGCAUUAAAAAUUGUCGGCUUCUUCUUUUUCGCAGGGUCCAAAUAGAGUGGAAUAUAAAAAGAAGUCCACGCUGCCUCUCUUCGUUCCACCCCCCUUCAAGCCCGCGUUCAUGCCUAUUUUGGAUACCAGCUCCAAAAAUAGUCGAGUUACGGUAUAGAUAAUUGGCUCAUGAACUCCACUCUUUCUUUUUUUCGGAUUUCACGAUAAUUUCGCGGAAUUCGACCAGGUGAAUGUAAUCCUUUCGCUUGGAAUAUUGAAUUACAAACACCAGAAAAGGCGAAGGAACACCUGUGAUGUUAAUUCCGACCUUUUUUGGGAUCCAAGCUUGCAUUUUCGAAGGGAUGAAUUCCAAUGUUAUAGUGCGAAUAACACUUGAAGUGCGUCGGAAAUGGCUGAAUUAGAGGUUAGAUGGGCUUGUUGACUUAUUUACUCAUGAGAAGCCUUGGAUGUCGUCGUUAUAUGUGUCCUUGUUGUUUUUCUCGGAUAUGGUUGUUUUGAUGGGCGCUCAAGGAGAUCAUAUACCGUAAUUAACUGACAAAUUGACGUAUAUUGACUUUGUUUUUCUAUGUGGAAAGAGAUUGUUGUCAUAUGGUCCUUUGGGUUUUAUAGCGCUUAGGAUUUGGUUUGAACCCAAUGAGCGACCUCUUGGAGUUCAAUUUAAGGCCGCUCAAGCAUGGAAAGUCCGAAACGGAGCUGAAAUAGCCCCAUUUCCUUUUGACCUCUCCAUCUUUUCUGACUCGAAAUGGCCGAAAGUACACGGCCAUUGUUCUUUGGUUAUCUUGUGAAUGCUUUUAGCCCGAAAGAUCUUUCUUGACGCACUUGUUUGCAUUUGUGAUCCGGAAGGUUUCCAGUUUCGGAAGUCACGCUCCCAUUUCUAAUAUGAUAUCUGUCUUAUCUCUCCAUGGGAAUUUGCGGCCGAGAAAAGAGAAGAAAGAAUGCCGUAAUUUGGAGCUCCUCCGACGGCUCUUUCUCUCCCUUCACAUGCUUGUUUCGGGUUUCUCUCGUUGCGCUGGGUCAACGUUGUUUUCCUGCCAAUCUAUUUUUGGGCUUGUCAUAAAUUAUGCCAAAAGCGGUGAAAUCCUCGCUUUGCAUCUAUCAAUUGGACUAUUUUUUUGGGCUUCAAGAAAGAGGCUGCUUUUGUGAGUCCAUGAAUAAUCCGGAAAGUUAUUUUGAGUAUUUUUCUUGACGUCAUGAGGGCUUCUUGGAUAAGUGGAUUAUUUUGUUGGAGUCGUCUUGAAUGAUGAGGAGAGUUCAUAUUUUGGCAUUUGGCUUUAAUACCGGCUGAACUAUGUGUUUAUGGAAUUUGUUAGUUGUUUUUAUCGCUGGUCGGGUGAAAAUCGUUAUCCAUGAAGUGUUUUGGAAUUUGUUCUUUCCUAUUCCCAUCGAAAUUUAUCUUGAAUUUAUUGGUUUUUUAUUUAUGUUACUGUUGUAUGCACUGUUCUUUGUUUUCCACGUCAUUCUGAACGGGGCAACUUUAAAUUCCGAGUAAAUUGAAUAACCGGGCUUUAUCUAGGAUGGCGUUCCUUCCCGGAUAUAACCGAACAUCCUCUCCUAUUCUUCUGCUCUAGACAUUUUUGUCGAUUGCUUUAUCGUUCCAUCCGCUUCCCAUUCGCAUCCAUUACCUCCGUCCCAGUACACGAUAAAAACUCUGUUUCCGCUCUGCACCUGGCUUAUCGACGUCGCUAAUCUCAUUGCCUUGUGCCCAAAAUUGAGUCAUGGUUAUGGUAUUCGGUUGUCAUUUCUUCUUCUCCUUAUCUCGUGCAUUUGUCAUUUCCACAGACCCGAAAUGGAAUGCAUGUAACAUGAGCGCAGAAAAAACAUGUUUUUGUUAGGAUUAUUAUGAUAUGUGUGGUUACUUGAUCCCGCUUGCCCGACAAAACUUUGUUCUCCGCAUGUUUUUUGCGCUUACAAAUCAGGUGUGCAUAACCGAACAUGAAUAGGUUGUUGAAGUGUGAAUGUUUUGCUGGGUUUUCGAUAUCCGAGUCUUUGCGUUUGAAUUCCACAAUAACUCGAAGUUUUGGUGGGCUUUCAGAUUCGUAACUGUCAAAACACCUGCUUCUGAAUAUUCGAUUAUAUUUAAAAAUGACCUUCAAUCCACACUCCAGACCCGAAAUUCCCUCUCUGUUUGUCCAUAAAGGAUUUACGUAGCUCUUUCUACGGUAAUCGCUUAUUAUAACGGGAUUAUCGAGGUGGCGUAGGGAGUUAUCCCCAACAAAUAAUCCAAAUAUUUUUAAAUGCCUUCAUUUUAUGGCUUCACGAAGUGUCACGUGUCGCCAUUCGAGUAGAGUCAAGGACGUUUUAAGCGAGAUUCAAAAGGAUUUAUGUUUGAACUUUGAGGUUUUUCAAGUGGCAUUCGUUUUUAAUAUUUGCCACGAAAAAUUUGGAAUUUGAAGUUCGCCGAUGUUAUUUUGGGAAAGUUGUGUAGUUACCCGGAUUUUUUGGCCAAAGAAUUUAGUUUAACCCGGAUUUUUGAAGCCGUUACAGUGUAAUUUAGCCGGUUUUUUGAAAAUUUUACACUAAAAUUAGCCAACGAAUGGCACGCAGUAAAAUAGGGUGAAAAAUGAAUUCCAACGCGGAAAGCAGCAUUGAAGUUAUUUGCUGUUAUUGGCUACACAUUGUUUAACCCCUAAAUCCUCUCAAAAGGCCGGAGCCAGACGAAGUAUUUCAUCUUCAAAAGAUUUACGAGUACGAUAAUCACCCUUGCUCCCUUACACAAUCAUUACCCACCACAUAUAAUAAAAUCGGAAAGUUAUAUAAAACGGAUUUUUUUACAAAGUGAAGCAUGGCCCGGACAUUGUUGCGGUGACCAUCACCGAAUUUCUUCAAAUUUGGCUCAUAGAAGACCCACAGGGCGUAUAUCGAAAGUGUCAAACGUUUUUGCGAAAUUUGCAUUAUUCGAGGAUUACUGUAACAUUUUGUGUUUUGUAAAGUUCCUAUUGUGAUGGGCUGAGGGAUGGAGCGUUGCGGAUGAAACUUACCGACUGGAUGUUUUCGACCAUGGCCAACAUUUUUCUAAUUGAAAUGUUUUUUGUAUCUUUUCAUCUUUUGGUAGUACCGUAACCCUCAACAUACCAUAUCGAUUACUGCCAAAAAUUGGGAAAAGUGUAACCAGUUUUUAAGCUUGAUUAUAAAGGUUGGACACACUCUCCGUAAAAUAAGACCAAAAAAUCCAAAAUAAAAAUAUAAGUUUUUGAGAUAUACGCGUUCAAAGUUGCUAUGUUCGGUUACUGUAAGACCAAAAUGGAGAUGAUGAAUUUUCAAACGGUACCAUUGAUUGCCACGCCUCACCCAUUAAUCGACUAGCCUGAGAAAAAUAUUUUCAGAUCAAAAAAUAAAUAUUUGAGGCUUUAUUUCAGGCUUUAUACGAUGGUUACUGUAGUUUCUAACUUUUGUCAAUUUCGCUAACCAUUUUUUUCAAAUGACGCAUUUAGACCAGCUAUCCCAUUGAGAAAUGUGUGUACAACGUAAAAAUCAAAAAAUCAAUGUUACAGUACUAUCAAUUCUUGAAAUAAAGGGAGAUUACAGUAGCCGUAUCCGCUUUUUUCGCUGUUUGGCCGCGGCAUUCUUUGGAGAUGCUAGUGUAACCAAAUUUGAGACCGGAAAUAUGUUCAGAAUAUACAGGGGAGUAUUUUAGCAAAAAAUCGCGAAAAUAAAAAUAUAAGUUUUUGAGAAAAUCCGGGAUUACGGUCAUUUUGGGGGGUUUUUGGGCUGUUUGGCCGCGGCAUUCUGUGGAGAUGCUAGUGUAACCAAAUUUGGGACCGGAAAUAUCUUCAUUACCGUAAUCCGGGAUUUUCUCAAAAACUUAUAUUUUUAUUUUCGGGAUUUUUUGCUAAAAUACUCACCUGUAUAUUCUGAAGAUAUUUCCGGUCCCAAAUUUGGUUACACUAGCAUCUCCACAGAAUGCCGCGGCCAAACAGCCCAAAAACCCCCCAAAAUGACCGUAAUCCCGGAUUUUCUCAAAAACUUAUAUUUUUAUUUUCGCGAUUUUUUGCUAAAAUACUCCCCUGUAUAUUCUGAACAUAUUUCCGGUCUCAAAUUUGGUUACACUAGCAUCUCCAAAGAAUGCCGCGGCCAAACAGCGAAAAAAGCGGAUACGGCUACUGUAAUCUCCCUUUAUUUCAAGAAUUGAUAGUACUGUAACAUUGAUUUUUUGAUUUUUACGUUGUACACACAUUUCUCAAUGGGAUAGCUGGUCUAAAUGCGUCAUUUGAAAAAAAUGGUUAGCGAAAUUGACAAAAGUUAGAAACUACAGUAACCAUCGUAUAAAGCCUGAAAUAAAGCCUCAAAUAUUUAUUUUUUGAUCUGAAAAUAUUUUUCUCAGGCUAGUCGAUUAAUGGGUGAGGCGUGGCAAUCAAUGGUACCGUUUGAAAAUUCAUCAUCUCCAUUUUGGUCUUACAGUAACCGAACAUAGCAACUUUGAACGCGUAUAUCUCAAAAACUUAUAUUUUUAUUUUGGAUUUUUUGGUCUUAUUUUACGGAGAGUGUGUCCAACCUUUAUAAUCAAGCUUAAAAACUGGUUACACUUUUCCCAAUUUUUGGCAGUAAUCGAUAUGGUAUGUUGAGGGUUACGGUACUACCCAAAGAUGAAGAGAUACAAAAAACAUUUCAAUUAGGAAAAUGUUGGCCGUGGUCGAAAACAGUCACACAAAAAGUUUUGGACUCAUAGAACCAUCACCCGGCCCACAACCAACGCCACUUUAUAAAAUACAAAAUGUUACAGUAAUCCCGGAAUGGAUGAAAUUUCGUGAAACCCUUCUUCGCUUUUUAUCAGCAUGUCCAGGCCCUUCUACUGGCCUAGUUUCAAGAAAUUUGGUAAUGGUCGUUGCAACAAUGUCCGGGCCCCUUGGAAGGAAGCUUCAGUUUGUAAAAAACUCUGUUAUAAAUAGAACCCCUCCGAAGAGGCACAUCGUCAAAAGCGGGGGGAUGAGAUUUUUAUGGAAUUGACAAAAAACGGAAUUGGAUUUUAUUUGGGCUUUGAGAACUCGUGAACACUCGGGAAUAAAAUGUUUUUUGUGAAUGGGAACAUGACACACUAUGUGCGAAGCGUAUGAGGGAUUAAAAUGAAAUCAUUGGUCUAUUCAUUUCAAUUUCUCCUUAUUGUUACCAUGGAGUGUGGUUAUAUUGUGCAUGGUUGUGUGGUUAUUGGACUGAGUUAAUUUUUAAAUCUAGUUUUGGUUAUAAACGAGGGUGACGUGUGUUUUAUUACUUCUUUUUGUAUUUCGAAGAGAAUUUUGUUGCUUUACAUUGAUUUAUUUAUUCUUAUUUUGAACUUUGGUGAGAGUUGGGUGUUCGAUAAGAGUAAAUAGAUUUUUGUAAUGGAACAAUUUUCUCUUCGGAAUGGGCAAGGGGUUACCAACGACCUGACACCAAUAAUUUAUUUAUGUUUGAUUGUAUUAAUCUUGGAGAGGCCGUUUUUUAGGCUUUUCUUGAUGAAUAUUAAUUUACAUCGUGAUUAAUUUAUCCCGAAUUCCUGUAAUUUGCUUUGCAAGGGCUAUUUCUGGAAGAAAUUUCCUCCCUCUUUGGGUUUCAAGUGUUUACCGGCGCUAAUCCUUCUUUUGAAGCAAACAUGAGUUUAUGAGAAAAUUGUCGGGAAAAAUAUUUAAUUUCCGCUUGUCCUCAUAAAAUGCAAAGUGUCGAUAUUGCUCGGGCGUGAUGAAAUGACUAAUAAAGAGAUUAUGACGCUCGGAUUUCCCAACAGAAACUACGCUGUUUUUUUGCCCGAAAAUCUGCUUAUUAUGCCGGCCUAAUCUGUUUUUCUUUUUUUUCUGGGGUUACAAUAAGGCAUUACAAUCAUCGGGCAAUUACUGUUCUUUUUCUUUGUAAUGACGUGUAAUUUUUGGGGAGAUUUUGAAAGGAUUGAUUUCAUUAAAUUAUUUUGUGAUUUUGAGCUAGAUUUUAUGAUGACUUUGAGGUUUUUGAUGAUUUUGUUUUGCAGAAAUGCAUCCGGUUCGACCGAUCCCAAUCCCAAACCCUCCGAAUUGCAACUGGAGGCACCGACGGCCAUGUGAGAGUAUGGAAUGUCGGGGAAAUUAUCAACAAUCCCGACCCGAGAAUCGAUUACAAACCGGUGGUGGAAUUCCGAGUAGUGAAUGAGAAUAAAGUUGAAGUGGAUGAUCUGGACUUUUCCUUAUGUGGACGCUAUAUUGCGACCGUUUCGGCCAAAGAAUCAGCUAUUUGGGACUCGCAAAGCGGAAAGAAAUUGAGCCCGUUGAAUGUGCCAAGUCAUUUGGCCAAGGAUUUCAAGGUGAGAGGAGUUUUGGCGGUGAAAUUUUAGCUUUGAAACGAUUUAUAAGACAGCUUUGUAAAAGUCACGGUUUUUGGGUGUUUUUUUUGAAAUUUGAUGUCUAGUGUAAUAUAAUUUUUUUGUGUUUUUGGUUUUUAUUUAUGAUUUUAGGUGCGAUCGAUUCGUUUCACCGACUGGGGACGCCAAUCCGCCGUGUUUGCCGUCGCAUUCCAGCAACGCCAGCGAACUUCGAAACAGGUCUCAUAUAUCGGAUUAUUUGGAUUUCACCCCGAGAAAAAGGGAAUUCAAGGCUAUGAAUUGAAUCAAGUCUGCAAAGAAGUAAGUCAUCUACCAUUUUUGAAGUUUUUGCUUAAUUUUUUUUUUUGGUUUUUGAGGGUCAGAAAGGAUUUUGAACCUUAUUUUAUGCUGAAACCAUGAUAUAGAAGGAGAUUUCCCCAAAUAACAGCUGCAGACGGGCAUGGAUUAGACAUUAUGAUGUUUUGUUAAGCCUAAUACGGUUUAUGACCUAAUUUACACACAGUUUGGGCAGCAAAACACCCAUUAAAUUAGUGGAAUAAUGUUUUACAGACGGUUUCAGCCCCCUUAAGCCCACCAAAAAAAGGGAUUUGGAAUAGUUGGGUUUCCAUCCGCUUUUCUCAGCCAUCCCCUCGCCAGUUGAAGAUGAAUUAAUCUCGGAUGAAUGAGGGCCGAGGUGAAUAUAGUAAUUCUUAAUUAAAACCCGCCGGAUUUAUUAUUAUGCGUUGAGGGUUUCCAGAAGAGGUCAGAGGCGUAAUGUAAAGUGAGAUGAGACAAAAUGCCCAUGAUUUUUUGAAAAUUUUGGUUGUGAAUUGGAUUUUUUUGAAGAAAUGGAUACUUUUUGAUACUUUUGUGGAUUUUUGAGAGCCUAAUGUACGGUGACGGACCUGAUCCAGCGGCAAAAAACGUACCAUUUUGGAUCCGGGAAGUAUCAAAAAUGAAGGAAAUACCUCCCUCUCCAAGUGAAAAUACUCCGUUUUUGAAAGGCUUUGCCUCACAAAAAAAGCGGUGCGCGUUUGAAAUCGGAGUUUUUUUCACUUGGGGAGGAAGGUAUUUUGCAGCGUUUUUGGUGCUUCCCGGAUGCAAAAUGGUACUUUUUUUGUCACUGGGUCAGGUUUGUCACUGUACAGUAGGCACGAAGAAAUCAACAAAAGUAUCAAAAAGUAUCCAUUUCUUCAAAAAAGUCUAAAUCACAACCAACAUUUUCAAAAAAUCGUGGCCAUUACAAAAAUCAUGGUCAUUGUCAUAUACAGUGGCGGACCUGAUCCAUUGGCCAAAAACGUACCAUUUUGCAUCCGGGAAGUAUCAAAAAUGCAGCAAGAUACCUCCCUCUCCAAGCGAAAAAAUCCCGGUUUCAGAAGCGCGCCCAAGGGGGAGGCAUUUUGCCACGUUUUUGAUACUUCCCGGAUGCAAAAUGAUACGUUUUUUGCCACUGAAAUAAGACGAAAUGCCAUGAUUAUUUUAUUGUGGUUGUGAAUUGGAUUUUUUUAAGAAAUGGAUACUUUUUGAUACUUUUAUGGAUUGUGGAGUGCCUAGCUUAACAUGUAAUUUCCAGGCCGUCUCAUGCCUCUGCAUCAACCCCAAAUCCCAACAUCUCGCCAUCGGCACCAUGGAGGGCUCGGUGUACUGCUUCAACUCCCGACUCCAGCCCAUCUACACAGCUCCGCAGUCGCAUAAAAGUUUCGUAACGGCCGUCGAAUUCCUCCCCGAUUACCAACUCGAAACGUCGGCUAAAGGCCCCCCAAAAAAGCUGCCGGGACCCGGCGCCGACGCCAAAUGCACCAUCCUGUCGUUGUCGGUGGACCAGGCCAUCAAAGCCCAUCUAGUCCCAUGGCCAAGACCCACUCCUCUCACUCAAAGUCUGGCCAAAUUCGCCAUUUAUUCACUUAUUUUGUAUAUCUUAACUUAUGUCUUGCUGGUUUAUUAA